UGAUGUCUUCUCGGAGAUCCCAUAAAAAGUCUCGGAACGGGUGCGAUCAAUGUAAGCGCCGGCGAGUUAAGUGUGAUGAAGCUGAUCCAUGCACGAACUGCACCAGACGUCAUCUUGUCUGUGUCUACAAUCGACAUGGUUCGCCUUCGAUCCAAGCUCACAACGCGACCAAGGAAGGUGCUCAAUUCGCCACACCCUCCGAGCCCGCGCCUUCCGACCUGGAUGAUACCUUGAGUACGUUCCAGGACAGGAUUCGGAGUGGCUUCUUCUUGCCUCGAGAGUGGGAUGGGCAGGACUUUGAACUGAUGCACCACUAUUCGAUCGCCACGGGGCAUACCAUGUCCCAAAAAGACGCCGUUCGCAAUGUCUGGGUCACGGAGAUCCCGAGGAUCGCGUACUCGUAUGAGUUUCUCAUGCAUGGGAUCCUCUCUCUGGCCGCCAUGCAUCUCACGGUUGUCAAACCCGAGCGGUAUAGCCAUUAUCACACGCGGUCUACCUUCCACAUGGCACUAGGUCUCCAGAGCUUUCGAAAGAUUCUGCAAUCCCCGACCGCGGAGAACAGCUGCGCCCUCUUCUCCUUUUCGAGUAUCAUCAUGGUGUGGAUCUGCGCGGUUCCCGGGGAGGUGGAGUCCGUCCGGCCGCUGGACAAUGCCUAUGAGCUGUUCAAACUGUGCCGCGGCAUCUUGGCCCUAAAAGAUUUCUUAGGCGUCGUCCGCAAUUCUCCACUGAAUCCAUUACUGUCCCCCGAUUACAUGCUACAGGAACAUGAGAUCCCAAAGGGCAUGGAAUUCCGGUUGUUUGCCGGUCUAGGCGACCAGCUCUGUCGUUUAAGAUCUAAGCUCGCCUCGGAGACACUCAGCGAGUCGACCAGAUAUGUCUACGACCAGGCCAUAUAUCAGUUCGAGAAGAGCUGCCGGCUGAUCGAGCAUGCCGAGACACCCAUGGAAUGCGGCAUGAUCUUUUGCUGGCCGAUCUCCGUUCUGGAAGACUUCCUCGGUUUGAUUGAGGGACGGGACCCCCUGGCGAUUGUUCUCCUGGGCUACUACAGUACCCAAUUGAACUUGUUCCGGCACUUUUGGUUCGUGGAGAAGCGGGUGGAUGCUCUGUUGCAUACGACAGUGGCGACCAUUCCUUCGGAGUACGCGGGUUUGUUGGACUGGCCCAGGCGUUUCUGCUCUCAUCGCACGCUUGAUAUGUGAUGCUCCGCGGGGGAGUACACAAAGGUUUACCUGAAGUUGUACAUACAAUUAGCAUUUUCUGGCGCAGGGUAUUUGUUUGGGGGCUUGUUUGUUCUCAUCCUCGAGGUUCGACACAGUGUCUAGG